UAAAAUUUGGUUUUAACCAUUUCUAUUUCUGCCACUAAUCUCUCUCUCUCCUCUGUGUCUUAUAAUUUUGUUACUCUGCGUUCUGAGUGAGGGUGACGAAAAAGCGACGUGCAUCCUCAAUUUUGCGAAAGCAGUUUCGGAGUCUUAAACAAAGGAAAACGUCUCCUCUCUUCGCCGACUGCUUUCCAAAAUUCUCUGGUUGCAUUUUUAGCUUUUGCACAAGGGUUCUUGUUCAUGUUAUUGACCCCUUCCUUACUCUUCAUCACAUUCAAUCUUUUCAAAAACUAGGUUUUUAUCAUUUGGGUUAUAGAGAAGUUGUUCUUCGGUGAAUUCAAUUUCAACCUCCCAAUUAGAAGAAUCAAGAAACAUGAACCGUAAUUUCGAGCUCGCAAAACAACCAUGUGGUCCGUGUUAUUUCAAUCUCUGAUCUGAAUUAGGGUUUUGAAUUCGAUUUUCUUUAGCUAGCAAUGUUGGCCGCCUCUUGACAUUGUUGGAAUUUGAAGAAUGAAACUGUUGAUGAGAAUACUACAGGUUAUGUAAUUAGUCCGUGCUUGUGAAUUUGAAAUCGGGGAGUCAUUGGAAAUGGCGCAUUCUUCGUCUAUGUCUCGUAGUUCGCUGGAGGAAAUGCUUGAAUCUCUCCGGCAGAGGGACGAGAACGAGAGGCCCAAGGACUUGCCGCCGGCAUUGCCUGCUCGGCCAACUUCCAAGGCUCGCCGUCCCUCUGCCAGGACCCAAUUGCCAAAGAAGUUGGAUCAUGUUCCUGCGGCAACGGCAGCGACAAACCACUCUUCCAAUUCCGUUGUUGGCAAAAAGCAACCAGAUGUUAAAGCAUUCAGAGGGAGUUUUGGGAGCAAGAAGGCAAAGGAAGUGCUGCUCGGGGAAUCGCCUUAUGAUUCGGCGGCUUCCUCCAAACCCAAUAAAAUUGAAAACAGGUUAGAGGAAACAGAUGGGUUGAACCUCCCAGCUGAGCCUUCAAGGGUUGAGGAAUCUGAGUGGGAUGACAUCAUUGGUUACUUUGUUGAGAAGAAACUUAGUGUAUGGUGCAUGCUCCCAGAUGGGCAGUGGGAAUCAGGACUUAUACAAUCAACUUCAGGGGAGAAAGCUUCUGUUUUGAUCUCAGAUGGAAGAGUUGUGGAAGUGUCUACACUCUUUCCUGCAAAUCCAAAUAUUCUUGAGGGUGUGGAUAAUCUUAUACAGCUGAGCUAUUUGAAUGAGCCAUCAGUUAUUCACAACCUUCAGUACAGAUAUUCUCAUGAUAAAAUUUAUAGUAAAGCAGGGCCUGUUUUAAUAGCAAUCAAUCCCUUCAAAGAUGUCCAACUUUAUGGAAAUGACUUUGUCACAGCUUACAGGCAGAAGCUUUUUGACAGCCCUCAUGUUUAUGCAGUAGCAGAUACUGCCUAUAAUAAAAUGAUGAGAGACAAAGUGAAUCAAUCCAUCAUUAUAAGUGGGGAAAGUGGAGCUGGUAAAACAGAGACAGCUAAAAUUGCAAUGCAGUACUUGGCUGAAGUUGGUGGUGGCAGUGGUGGGAUAGAGCACAAAAUCCUUCAGACAAACUUUAUACUAGAAGCAUUUGGGAAUGCAAAAACAUCCAGGAAUAAAAACUCUAGCCGAUUUGGUAAAUUAACUGAAAUUCAUUUCAGUGCAGCAGGGAAUAUAUGUAGUGCUAAAAUCCAGACCUCUAUGCUUGAAAAGUCAAGAGUGGUUCACUUGGCCCGCGGGGAGAGGUCAUACCAUAUUUUUUAUCAACUUUGUGCUGGUGCUCCUACUGUUCUCAAAGAUAGACUGAACCUAAAAAUGGCAAUUGAAUACAAUUAUCUCAGUCAGAGUGACUGCUUGGCAAUUAAUGAUGUUGAUGAUGCCUCGAAGUUUCAUAUGCUCAUGGAAGCUUUAAAUACUUUGGAAAUUCGUAAAGAAGAUCAAGAGCAAGCCUUUGAAAUGCUUGCUGCAGUGUUAUGGCUGGGAAACAUAACGUUUCAAGUUAUUGUCAAUGAGAAUCUUGUAGAGGUUGUGGCUGAUGAAGCUGUUACCACUGCUGCUAGCUUGAUGGGUUGCAGUGUGAACAACCUCAUGUUAGCAUUAUCUAUCCAUAAAAUACAAGCUGGGGAGGAUACUGUUGCCAUAACAUUGCAGCAGAUGAUUGAUAGACGAGAUUCUAUAGCAAGAUUCAUCUAUGCAAGCUUGUUUGACUGGCUUGUUGAAAAAAUCAAUAAAUCGCUUGAAAUUGACAAACAACAUGCUGGGAGGUCCAUUUUUAUCCUGGAUAUCCAUGGAUUUGAAUCAUUUCAGAAGAAUAGCUUUGAACAAGUUUGUAUAAACUAUGCAAAUGAGAGGUUGCAACAGCAUUUCAAUCGGCAUCUACUUAAACUUGAACAGGAGGAGUAUGAAAACGAUGGAAUUGAUUGGACAAAAGUAGAUUUUAAAGACAACUAUGAGUGCUUGAAUCUAUUUGAGAAGAGCCCUAUAGGGCUAAUAUCUUUAUUGGAUGAGGAAUCAAAUUUGCCCAAGGCCACUGAUAUGACCUUUGCCAAUAAGCUGAAGCAGUACUUGAACUCUAACGCUUGCUUUAAAGGUGAAAGAGGUGGAGCUUUCAGAAUUCGUCAUUACGCCGGAGAGGUUUUGUAUGACACAGGUGGCUUCUUGGAGAAGAACAGAGAUCCACUGCACUUAGAUACCAUCCAACUUCUGUCAUCGUGCAAUUGCCAACUCCCUCAGUUGUUUGUCUCCAAUAUUCACAACCAAUUCCAGAAGCAAAGUGUUGGCACAAAUUUCAAGGCUCAAUUGUUCAAAUUGAUGCAGCAGUUAGAGAACUCCAAACCCCACUUCAUUCAUUGCAUAAAACCAACUACUAAGCAGCUUCCUGGCAUGUAUGAGAAAGAUCUUGUCUUUGAGCAGCUCAGGUGUUGGGGAGUUCUAGAGGUUGUCAGAAUCUCUAGAUCUGGGUAUCCUAUUCGAAUGAAACAUCAAGAAUUUUCAAACAGGUAUGGUUUCCUACUUUCGGAGAAUAAUGGUUAUCGGGAUCCAUUAAGUAUAUCAGUUGCCGUUCUGCAGCGAUUUGAUGUUCCCCCUGAUAUGUACCAAGUUGGUUAUACAAAAUUAUAUAUUCGAACAGCGCAGAUUCGGGCACUGGAGAAUAUGAGAAAACAAGUUCUGCAAGGCACACUCAAUGUGCAGAAAUACUUUCGUGGUCAUCGGGAUCGUUCUCACUUCCAUGAACUCAAGAGAGCAGUAUUAACACUGCAAUCAUUUCUCCGUGGUGAAAAUGCUAGAAGGAACUAUGAUUCUUUGAUAAAGUUGAGACAGGAAACCAUUGAUGAGCAAGGGGCAGUUGUACAUUUACAAUCGGUUAUCCGUGGGUGGUUGGCUCGAAAGCAUUUUAGUUACCUGGUGAAAUUGAAAAAGUUACAUCAGAAUAACACAAAACAGAAGCCAGGCAGGAAGAUUUAUGGAGUGAAGGACUUGUCUCAAGAGCAUAUUCAGGCUCAGCCUCCAGUUUUUGCAGAGCUUCAAAACCGGGUUAUGGAGGCUGAAGCAACCCUGGGGCAAAAAGAAGAGGAAAAUGCAGCUUUGCGGGAGCAACUUCAACAAGUUGAAGCAAGGUGGUCAGAAUAUGAAGCAAAGAUGAAAUCGAUGGAGGAGAUGUGGCAAAAGCAGAUGGCAUCUUUGCAAACUAGUCUGGAUGCAGCCACGAAGAGUCUUGUCGCUGACAACACCACAUGUCAACCUCGAAGGCUAGAUGGUUCGCCAUCACCCUACUAUGAUUCUGAGGAUACCGUGUCCAUGGGUGUUCAAACUCCUGGUGGAACCACACCCCUCAAAUUCUCUAACAUGGCUAGCGAUGUUGGAGCAGGACGAGAGACUAAUGGUGGGGUGAAUGCUGUCAAUAGUUUGACAAAGGAGUUUGAGCAGAAGAAACAGAAUUUUGAGGACGACGCCAAAGCCAUUGUUGAGGUAAAAUCAGGACAAUCACCUUCCACGAAUCCUGAUGAAGAACUCCGGAAUCUAAAAAUAAAAUUCAAUACGUGGAAAAAAGAGUACAAAGUUCGGUUACGGGAGACAAGGUCAAAACUUCACAAGUCUGGGCAUUCAGAAGCAGAAAAAAGUCGCCGUAAAUGGUGGGGAUUCUAGUUUUGGAUUAUUCAAUAUCUACUUUAGGGGUGUAGUGAAAGAUAACUACAAUAAUUUCUGGAAAAAGAAAAUGCUAUCGAAAUCCUGCAACUUGCAAUCUCCUGAAGCAGUUUUGUUCCCUGUAAAAAACCUCCCGUAUGAUACUGUAGCAUGAGACUUGUGGAGAACGGAGAGGAGUCUUAUUUGUAUAAAUACCGAUUUUUUUAACUUGGUGGAAGGAUUGACAAGCUUGUUCAUUGCCAGAUUGGAACUGUUAAAACUCCUUCCACUUGGGUCUUUUCUCCUCAGAAUAGUUUGUGUGAAUAUGUUGUUGUCGAUGUAUUGUGAAUCUGUUGUAUUUUAGUCGCUAGUGCUGAGAAUCUGGAAGAGAAAUGUUUGUAUCGUCUCUCCUUGUGUAUGAUAGGUUAUAUUUUGUAAUUCUAUAGUUUAUACACAUGUUGUAAAUUUCGACGUUCUUUGGCAAAAUGAGCAUUAUAUGUUUUUUCACUUCCAAA